AUGAAAGUAUAUAGACAUAUUAUCCGUCAGAAAAUAACAAAGAACAAAUUAAAAAAGAAUCAAACGUAAGCAGUGCGGGUGAAUUACAAAUAUGCAUUUAUAAAAACUUGAAAUCCGUAGUCAGUAUAACAUUGUGCUCGUACGCUUACACGUCAAUGUGGAAUGUGUUAGUUUCCUCAAGGAAUCCCUAUCUGAGACUAAGAUUUAAUGAAAAUUUUAAUUGAUUUAUAUUAUUAAUUCGAUCGAUUCCAAGUGUGUUUAUUUUUCAAAUAUGUGGUGUUUAUUGUAAACAAAAUACUACAGACGAUGCUACUAUGACGUUCACAUGAGUUGAUUAUGGAUACGGAGCAUGAGAAUGUGUUAAACAGGAUACGAACUCAAACGGAGAAUGCCGAUCCGAAAGCCGACAAUGUUGAAUGUCGAUGGACUGUUUUCAUGGGCAUUUUUUUCAUUCAUUUUAUAAAGCCGACUGCCCAAUAUUCAUACGGUGUUCUGUUAAUGAGUUUUUACGAUGCAGGUGAAACUAUCUCUACCGCCAUACAGGCUCCAUUGUUUCAUACAGCAGCAUUUUUACUGUUCGUGCCAUUAGCUCGUUCGGCUGCUCCACGAUGGGGUGCUCAUGUUCGCACGGUGCCAUUGCUGGGGGUUGCUUUGCUCUGUGCGGGUUUGGGGCUUAGUGCACUCUUGAGCGUCAGUCGCUCAGCGGCUUAUAUCGCUUGUUAUGGAUUGCUUGGGGGCGCCGGCGCCAGUGUUGUUGUUGCGCACGUCGACUUCACAAUUAACCGGCUUUUUGCCGGAUAUCCAGGUCUAGUUCAAGGCUUGUGUCAUGCUGGUCAAGCUGCAGGCCAAUUUGCAAUGCCACACCUCACUUUAGCUGCCCUCCAAAGAUGCGGACAAAGAGGAACUCAUGCUGUCUUGACAGGCAUAAUGAUGAAUAUGGUAGCAGCUAUACUAUUGAUGACACUCAAAGAUAACAAACAAGAACAAACUCAAAUUAAUGUGAAGAGUGAUUCUGAACCAGAAAAUACUUCGUUUCCUGCGAUUUCAAAUGCAUUUUCACCUGAGGAACAGCUUACUGAAAGAUGUUGGCGUUGUCCAUCGGAUGGAGCAAAUUCGCAACCACUGUCACCGCCUUUGAUUCGACGGUCCUCUUGUGGCUUUGAUAUUUUACAAAGUAUUCCAGAAGAAAGCGAAGCAAGUGAUUCUGAUGAUUAUGACGACCUCAACGCUACCACGAUAAUACCGCUGCAAAAUGGCCACAUAGGUGCCGGUGAAAAUGUGCAAUCAAUUAAGCAUCACGCAACUAUAUUAGAUCUGUCAGUUUUGUCCAGUGCUAAAACAGACAUCACAAUUAAAAAAAUUCUACCUAGAGUACGCUUUCCAAAAGCUGUGCAAGUUAAAAGCUCUCUCGACGUGUUUAGAAAAGUAGAAUUGUAUCCUUGUAUAUUGCUAUCAACAUGUGAACUGCUACUACCACUUUUACAUUCCACCUUGACACCACUUUAUGCCAGAACUGUCUUAAAUGACUUGACUGACUCCGAAGCAGUAUUCUUGAUGUCUUUGGCUUCAUUUUCAUGGCUGUGCUUAGUUUUUGGUGCACCAUGGCUAGCAGCAUGUAGACCUAUGAGAAUGAGAUUUCUUUUCGCAAUUGGGAUAUUCCUAAAAACUAUUGGUUUGACAGGAGUAAUGUUUGCCAAAACCCAUGACGUGAUGACAUUAUCCAGUGUCAUAUUUGGUAUAGGAAACGGCGGCACGACAGCUACCACUAGGCCCUUAAUCCGGCUAUGCAUAGGUGACUACAAUUUCAAUAAAUUCGAAGGAGCUAUAGAUACCAUGAGUGGGUUACUAAUCAUUGGUUUUGGCAUAUUCAUCAGCAUAUUUUUACAGGACAAGGCGCUAAUCAAAAAAUGUUUUAGUGUAUUAUGCGCUGCUGAAAUCGUUAGUAUGAUUUUCGUCGUGAUUUUGCCAUGUUUAGUGAAAGAAUGUGCUAAAUGCUGUCAUGCGAAUAAGAACCAAUGUGUCUAGUCUUAUCACGUCUUUACA